AUGGACCCUGGGGAAUAUGAUACUAAUACGUUAUUGAUUAACAACGUCUCCUCUGUCGCUUUCAAGAUCUACGAGCCUGUGAUCACACACGCCUCCCCCUACACCUUUUCCGCUUCCGACGUCGAAUGCACACUCAGAAAUGGGGGACACCUGGUCUAUGCCGACCCGAUUCGGCGAGUCAUAUGGUGCUUCUCACUCACUGCGGUGGACGGGUCUACCAUAGGGCUUCCGGCCCAGCCGUCCCUUGACGCGAACCUCGAUGUGUGCGGCUACAAGCUUGCGAUGGCAGAAGAAGGCGGUCUCGAGCCGAUCAGCUUGCUCAAGAAUCGAAACGCCACUCCCAAUACGCUCAGCACACCUGUGUCUUCAUCGCCCAGCGGAUCCGCGCUCGACAACGCGCUUCGAGGUACGCAACCCACAGGAGGCGCGAUCACCGCCACAGGUUUCCCGGUGGAGGCAGAUACCAAGUCAAGCGUCGGUCUCUCGGUAGACUCGAAAGGCUACGGGUCUAUACCGGCAAAAGACAUAUAUGAGUUCUUCACCGCGGCGGUCUUGACCAGUUUAUCACAACGCUUCUGUACCAAGACCGGUGCCAUUCCGCUGGACUCAAGGUCAUUCAUCCUACCGUCUAAUUCGACCGAUUCAGAGUCCUUGGAGCUUGCGGCUGCUCCAAUAAUAGCGUCUCUGAGGGUGCAUCUGACCACCACAGGCUCACUCCUCCUUGGCGUCUCGCUGUCUUUCUCACAAGGCCUACAUGCCGGCGCAGAUGGCUUGAAUUCGUCUCUACCACCAGCUGGCGCUACUGUUCUUGCUGCGCCCUUCGGAGUCUUUGGCACAUUCCAGGGAUUGACAGAUGGCGACGGAAGCUCGGUCGAUGACAGCGCGGCUCAAUCGCCUGAAACACAAAUCACACGUUUUAGGCCAGAUGUGGACGCGAGGUCCGGCCAGUGGCGCACUACAUGCUCAGUGCUUUGUUUCCGAAAAAGGACGAGGAGCCCUCUGGCGAUGAAUUGCACUGUCGAUCCCGGGGGAAUCAGUCUCAGGGAUGGCUUCGAUGCCUUGAAUCAUGCCAAGACCUGGUUCAUUGGGAGCAGUGAUCGGGAAGAGCUAUUGGCAAAGAAGAAGAACGAAAGAGAAGCGGCCGCAACGAAAGACAGCAGCGAAGCUAAUCCUCGCCUGCUGCAGCAGAACAAUGGAUCCUCACCUUUUGACAUGCGUCGAGCAAGCAACAACGGGGCCGGUGGUGCCAUGUAUCCUACGCCACCUGACGGUGUGCAAACUGCGGCGGGCAUUACUCCGUCCAUAGACGGAACCACAUCCAGUCCUGGAAAUCCAGCACCGUCAGCGGCACUCGUUGACAUUGACACAUCAAUGGCAGCUUCAGCAGGUCUGGGUGAUACUUUUGGCGAAGGAUGGGAUGGCUCUGACACCAAGCGAGAUCAGUCCUUCAUCCAAGGCGAGAACUGGGAACUCAACAAUGAUGUGUUUGUUGACAACGAUAUCACGGAUGCAGACUUCAACUUUUUCGACGAGCAUCCUGGCUCGAUGGACGUCAGUGUCUCUGAUCUCUCGGACCUGAACGCAGGGAUGCCAAACUUGAGCUCUGCCGACCAAUUCGCGGUGCCCACCCCUCAGAAGCCUCCAGAACUUGGAACACCCAAGACCAACGAUUUGCCGGCUCCUCCUGUAUUCGCCAAACCAGAGCUGAAGCACGCAAGGAGUAUCAUAGGCGAAAGCCGCCAACGUGAUAGCACCAAGGUACGGCCAUCAAACGGUGUCAAAAGGCAGCCCAGCCCUUUUGAUCCCACAGCCGUCUACAAGAGGCUGAAGGCAUCCAUUGCAGGUGGUUUUCGGACCAACGCGAAUUCCAUCAAUCUACCGCUUCGCCGAGGCAGUGUUUACGACAAGCUUCAGUUUGAUCCCUCUCUAUCCGUGGUGAACAAGAAGUACGAGCACAGCGGCAGGUUCGACUUCCAAUGGGACAAUGAAGAGAAUAUACCCAAGCGUUCUGGCUCGCCUCCGACGACAGACUAUCUGCGGCGGCAUGGUAAGCCACGCGCUACACUGAAAGACCUGCCAGCCAAUGCGAGUAGUCGAGGUCUUGAUGCCACGGGGGCACUGGAAAGCAGCAUGCAGCUUGAUUCUAUCAAGUAUGAGGACUCAACAUCCGACGCCGAUGAAGUCAGUCUAGUUUCAGACCAAGACGAUGCAAGUGACUUCUCCGAAGAGCCAUCAUCUCCCACCAAACUGAGUGUGCGGCGGCGGCGGCUUGGUGAUGACAACGAAUCACUGGCCCCGUCGAUAAGAGACAUCGAUUUCAUGGAUGAUUCCCAGAGUCUGAGCAGUACGGACUUGUCCAAAUUAUCGAUAAAUGACCACUCUGAGACGUCGAUCGCGCGCUACUUCGCCGACGCGGAGCCAGCAUCUCAACGACCGAUUUCCAACGAUGAUGAAUUCAUUAUGGUCGCCCAAAUACUCACAGAACAGGCAGUUUCUGUCAGGUUCUGGGAGACCCUCGGGCUCGGGCCAUCGCAGGGCUCCAAGAAUGUGCAUGCUGUCUGCGUCUUUCCUGGUCUAGACGGUGUAGCCGACUUCGCUGGUAUCCUAUUAGAGCGUCUUCACAAUGUUUACGAAUCCCUGAAGUUGGGUAGUUUCGAACGGAUGCCGUCGUCGGCGAACGUGCAGAAUGGCCUCGUUUCGUACGAAGUCGACAGGACGAAUAACGCCCCAGUGUCAUCCCCGGGGUCUCAGUUCAGAUCACCCUUGGUCGAGGACAUGGCCAAACUUGCUGUGGCUAUCUUCAACUCAACAGCCGUGUCCAAGAAUUUCGUCAUCUACUUUGUCUACACACCUGACAACCCUCAGACAAUCGUUGACGCCUGCGCCGCUUUCAAGAGGCUCUUUGAUAUAUACAAAAGAGCUUUGGCGGAGAGGAAGAAGCCGGCACAGAAUGAGCUUGUGCUCCAGCUUGUCCCCCUAGACUACAUCGCCACGUCAGCUUCACUUGUGGUUCUUCAGCCGUUUGAGCACAUACGACUCUGUCUCGAGACUUACGAUCGCUGUACACUGUUUGGGGGCCCGAUGCCGUCACCAGCUAUCGUCCUAGAGCAACCCAUAACCCGCGGAAUCGACUUUCAGAUAAGGAAUCCGCCCUCCGCGAACAUACUUCAGGAGAACUCGGCAAUGCACAUCGCGUACGCACAGAGUGUGGAUGAGAGAUGGAUCACAGCUGCUUGGUCGGACAAUCGUGGUUCCAAGCAAAUGACUGCAUCGUACUGCCUGGGAAGAAGAGGCAAGCCACUGUCGAGAAGCUUUACUGAUGUGGCCCACGAAAUCUGGACAACGACCUUUGACCUGAUAUCCAUCUGGAAAGUGCACUGGCGCAUAAUCGUCACCAAAGUUGGGCCGAUGGACCAGCAGGAGGUCAGCGAUUGGACCACGCUGGCACAGAUAGAGACCAAGGCCUCUGUCACCCUCACUCUUUUGGCAGUAGACACCAAUCCGUCUCUGCAACUGAUCCCCGCGAUAUCCAAAAUACCCAUUACUGCACAAUCUGCAUUCUACUCAACACCAGUUUCAACCCCUCAAUCGUCCAUUGUCUCCCCAGAGCAAGUUGGAAACCCGGCAACACCAAAAGGGGGUCCGACGUCCUCGCAGAACGCCACGACGCCAGGUGCAGACGCGAACACUUCCGAGGCCGACACUGACGCAAGCCUUGUGGACGUGACCGACACAGUUUGGGCGGCAAUAGCCUCGCACCGGCUGAACGUCUCACACUCCCUGGUCGAACCCAACCCAGCUCUCAUCAGCGGCUACCUGAUCAAGCGGGGAGGCUCAAACACAGAGGACCCGCCCACCAUCCUGGAGGUCAACGUGGUUCACAGCGAGGGGAACCCACGGAUGCAUGAGUUGCUUCUUAGAGAGAUGCUGACUUACUUCCGGGGACUGUGCACCAUCGCAAGGGCCAGAUCGGUGACCGAUGAGGAGGGCGAUGUGAGGCCGUGGCACGUGGCAGCGGCCGAGAAGGGCGUAGAAGCGCUAUACCAGUUGAUGUGA